CGUUGGCGAGUGGAGCCAGUGGAGUGCUGCAGUAUGCACAACCACCUGUGGUGAAGGCCAAAAGGGAAGCGUGGAAAGAAGCAGAAGUUGUGUUACGCCAGCCAAUAAUAUCAGCUGUACAGCCGCACUAACAGAAACCCAAAUAGGAAACUGCGGCCUGCCUAAAUGCCCAGUUGAUGGAGGGCUGUCAAACUGGACAUCGUGGUCAAUCGUACCCUGCCCUCUCACAUGUGGAGUAGAUGCCAUGACAAAUCAGAGCAGACGUAGGGAUUGUAACAACCCCGCUCCGGAAGCCGGUGGCAAGAACUGCACAGGUCCACUGAUUGAAAGCAGUCAGACACACUGCAAUGUCCCUCCAUGUAGUGGCGACGACGGCGUUGGCGAGUGGAGCCAGUGGAGUGCUGCAGUAUGCACAACCACCUGUGGUGAAGGCCAAAAGGGAAGCGUGGAAAGAAGCAGAAGUUGUGUUACGCCAGCCAAUAAUAUCAGCUGUACAGCCGCACUAACAGAAACCCAAAUGGGAAACUGCGGCCUGCCUAAAUGCCCAGUUGAUGGAGGGCUGUCAAACUGGACAUCGUGGUCAAUCGUACCCUGCCCUCUCACAUGUGGAGUAGAUGCCAUGACAAAUCAGAGCAGACGUAGGGAUUGUAACAACCCCGCUCCGGAAGCCGGUGGCAAGAACUGCACAGGUCCACUGAUUGAAAGCAGUCAGACACACUGCAAUGUCCCUCCAUGUAGUGGCGACGACGGCGUUGGCGAGUGGAGCCAGUGGAGUGCUGCAGUAUGCACAACCACCUGUGGUGAAGGCCAAAAGGGAAGCGUGGAAAGAAGCAGAAGUUGUGUUACGCCAGCCAAUAAUAUCAGCUGUACAGCCGCACUAACAGAAACCCAAAUGGGAAACUGCGGCCUGCCUAAAUGCCCAGUUGAUGGAGGGCUGUCAAACUGGACAUCGUGGUCAAUCGUACCCUGCCCUCUCACAUGUGGAGUAGAUGCCAUGACAAAUCAGAGCAGACGUAGGGAUUGUAACAACCCUGCUCCAGAAGCCGGUGGCAAGAACUGCACAGGUCCACUGAUUGAAAGCAGUCAGACACACUGCAAUGUCCCUCCAUGUAGUGGCGACGACGGCGUUGGCGAGUGGAGCCAGUGGGGUGCUGCAGUAUGCACAACCACCUGUGGUGAAGGCCAAAAGGGAAGCGUGGAAAGAAGCAGAAGUUGUGUUACGCCAGCCAAUAAUAUCAGCUGUACAGCCGCACUAACAGAAACCCAAAUUGGAAACUGCGGCCUGCCUAAAUGCCCAGUUGAUGGAGGGCUGUCAAACUGGACAUCGUGGUCAAUCGUACCCUGCCCUCUCACAUGUGGAGUAGAUGCCAUGACAAAUCAGAGCAGACGUAGGGAUUGUAACAACCCCGCUCCAGAAGCCGGUGGCAAGAACUGCACAGGUCCACUGAUUGAAAGCAGUCAGACACACUGCAAUGUCCCUCCAUGUAGUGGCGACGACGGCGUUGGCGAGUGGAGCCAGUGGAGUGCUGCAGUAUGCACAACCACCUGUGGUGAAGGCCAAAAGGGAAGCGUGGAAAGAAGCAGAAGUUGUGUUACGCCAGCCAAUAAUAUCAGCUGUACAGCCGCACUAACAGAAACCCAAAUGGGAAACUGUGGCCUGCCUAAAUGCCCAGUUGAUGGAGGGCUGUCAAACUGGACAUCGUGGUCAAUCGUACCCUGCCCUCUCACAUGUGGAGUAGAUGCCAUGACAAAUCAGAGCAGACGUAGGGAUUGUAACAACCCCGCUCCAGAAGCCGGUGGCAAGAACUGCACAGGUCCACUGAUUGAAAGCAGUCAGACACACUGCAAUGUCCCUCCAUGUAGUGGCGACGACGGCGUUGGCGAGUGGAGCCAGUGGAGUGCUACAGUAUGCACAACCACCUGUGGUGAAGGCCAAAAGGGAAGCGUGGAAAGAAGCAGAAGUUGUGUUACGCCAGCCAAUAAUAUCAGCUGUACAGCCGCACUAACAGAAACCCAAAUUGGAAACUGCGGCCUGCCUAAAUGCCCAGUUGAUGGAGGGCUGUCAAACUGGACAUCGUGGUCAAUCGUACCCUGCCCUCUCACAUGUGGAGUAGAUGCCAUGACAAAUCAGAGCAGACGUAGGGAUUGUAACAACCCCGUUCCGGAAGCUGGUGGCAAGAACUGCACAGGUCCACUGAUGGAAAGCAGUCAGACACACUGCAAUGUCCCUCCAUGUAGUGGCGACGACGGCGUUGGCGAGUGGAGCCAGUGGAGUGCUACAGUAUGCACAACCACCUGUGGUGAAGGCCAAAAGGGAAGCGUGGAAAGAAGCAGAAGUUGUGUUACGCCAGCCAAUAAUAUCAGCUGUACAGCCGCACUAACAGAAACCCAAAUGGGAAACUGCGGCCUGCCUAAAUGCCCAGUUGAUGGAGGGCUGUCAAACUGGACAUCGUGGUCAAUCGUACCCUGCCCUCUCACAUGUGGAGUAGAUGCCAUGACAAAUCAGAGCAGACGUAGGGAUUGUAACAACCCCGCUCCGGAAGCCGGUGGCAAGAACUGCACAGGUCCACUGAUGGAAAGCAGUCAGACACACUGCAAUGUCCCUCCAUGUAGUGGCGACGACGGCGUUGGCGAGUGGAGCCAGUGGAGUGCUGCAGUAUGCACAACCACCUGUGGUGAAGGCCAAAAGGGAAGCGUGGAAAGAAGCAGAAGUUGUGUUACGCCAGCCAAUAAUAUCAGCUGUACAGCCGCACUAACAGAAACCCAAAUGGGAAACUGCGGCCUGCCUAAAUGCCCAGUUGAUGGAGGGCUGUCAAACUGGACAUCGUGGUCAAUCGUACCCUGCCCUCUCACAUGUGGAGUAGAUGCCAUGACAAAUCAGAGCAGACGUAGGGAUUGUAACAACCCCGCUCCGGAAGCCGGUGCCAAGAACUGCACAGGUCCACUGAUUGAAAGCAGUCAGACACACUGCAAUGUCCCUCCAUGUAGUGGCGACGACGGCGUUGGCGAGUGGAGCCAGUGGAGUGCUGCAGUAUGCACAACCACCUGUGGUGAAGGCCAAAAGGGAAGCGUGGAAAGAAGCAGAAGUUGUGUUACGCCAGCCAAUAAUAUCAGCUGUACAGCCGCACUAACAGAAACCCAAAUUGGAAACUGUGGCCUGCCUAAAUGCCCAGUUGAUGGAGGGCUGUCAAACUGGACAUCGUGGUCAAUCGUACCCUGCCCUCUCACAUGUGGAGUAGAUGCCAUGACAAAUCAGAGCAGACGUAGGGAUUGUAACAACCCCGCUCCGGAAGCCGGUGGCAAGAACUGCACAGGUCCACUGAUGGAAAGCAGUCAGACACACUGCAAUGUCCCUCCAUGUAGUGGCGACGACGGCGUUGGCGAGUGGAGCCAGUGGAGUGCUGCAGUAUGCACAACCACCUGUGGUGAAGGCCAAAAGGGAAGCGUGGAAAGAAGCAGAAGUUGUGUUACGCCAGCCAAUAAUAUCAGCUGUACAGCCGCACUAACAGAAACCCAAAUGGGAAACUGCGGCCUGCCUAAAUGCCCAGUUGAUGGAGGGCUGUCAAACUGGACAUCGUGGUCAAUCGUACCCUGCCCUCUCACAUGUGGAGUAGAUGCCAUGACAAAUCAGAGCAGACGUAGGGAUUGUAACAACCCCGCUCCGGAAGCCGGUGCCAAGAACUGCACAGGUCCACUGAUUGAAAGCAGUCAGACACACUGCAAUGUCCCUCCAUGUAGUGGCGACGACGGCGUUGGCGAGUGGAGCCAGUGGAGUGCUGCAGUAUGCACAACCACCUGUGGUGAAGGCCAAAAGGGAAGCGUGGAAAGAAGCAGAAGUUGUGUUACGCCAGCCAAUAAUAUCAGCUGUACAGCCGCACUAACAGAAACCCAAAUUGGAAACUGUGGCCUGCCUAAAUGCCCAGUUGAUGGAGGGCUGUCAAACUGGACAUCGUGGUCAAUCGUACCCUGCCCUCUCACAUGUGGAGUAGAUGCCAUGACAAAUCAGAGCAGACGUAGGGAUUGUAACAACCCCGCUCCGGAAGCCGGUGGCAAGAACUGCACAGGUCCACUGAUUGAAAGCAGUCAGACACACUGCAAUGUCCCUCCAUGUAGUGGCGACGACGGCGUUGGCGAGUGGAGCCAGUGGAGUGCUGCAGUAUGCACAACCACCUGUGGUGAAGGCCAAAAGGGAAGCGUGGAAAGAAGCAGAAGUUGUGUUACGCCAGCCAAUAAUAUCAGCUGUACAGCCGCACUAACAGAAACCCAAAUUGGAAACUGCGGCCUGCCUAAAUGCCCAGUUGAUGGAGGGCUGUCAAACUGGACAUCGUGGUCAAUCGUACCCUGCCCUCUCACAUGUGGAGUAGAUGCCAUGACAAAUCAGAGCAGACGUAGGGAUUGUAACAACCCCGCUCCGGAAGCCGGUGGCAAGAACUGCACAGGUCCACUGAUUGAAAGCAGUCAGACACACUGCAAUGUCCCUCCAUGUAGUGGCGACGACGGCGUUGGCGAGUGGAGCCAGUGGAGUGCUGCAGUAUGCACAACCACCUGUGGUGAAGGCCAAAAGGGAAGCGUGGAAAGAAGCAGAAGUUGUGUUACGCCAGCCAAUAAUAUCAGCUGUACAGCCGCACUAACAGAAACCCAAAUUGGAAACUGUGGCCUGCCUAAAUGCCCAGUUGAUGGAGGGCUGUCAAACUGGACAUCGUGGUCAAUCGUACCCUGCCCUCUCACAUGUGGAGUAGAUGCCAUGACAAAUCAGAGCAGACGUAGGGAUUGUAACAACCCCGCUCCGGAAGCCGGUGGCAAGAACUGCACAGGUCCACUGAUUGAAAGCAGUCAGACACACUGCAAUGUCCCUCCAUGUAGUGGCGACGACGGCGUUGGCGAGUGGAGCCAGUGGAGUGCUGCAGUAUGCACAACCACCUGUGGUGAAGGCCAAAAGGGAAGCGUGGAAAGAAGCAGAAGUUGUGUUACGCCAGCCAAUAAUAUCAGCUGUACAGCCGCACUAACAGAAACCCAAAUUGGAAACUGUGGCCUGCCUAAAUGCCCAGUUGAUGGAGGGCUGUCAAACUGGACAUCGUGGUCAAUCGUACCCUGCCCUCUCACAUGUGGAGUAGAUGCCAUGACAAAUCAGAGCAGACGUAGGGAUUGUAACAACCCCGCUCCGGAAGCCGGUGGCAAGAACUGCACAGGUCCACUGAUGGAAAGCAGUCAGACACACUGCAAUGUCCCUCCAUGUAGUGGCGACGACGGCGUUGGCGAGUGGAGCCAGUGGAGUGCUGCAGUAUGCACAACCACCUGUGGUGAAGGCCAAAAGGGAAGCGUGGAAAGAAGCAGAAGUUGUGUUACGCCAGCCAAUAAUAUCAGCUGUACAGCCGCACUAACAGAAACCCAAAUUGGAAACUGUGGCCUGCCUAAAUGCCCAGUUGAUGGAGGGCUGUCAAACUGGACAUCGUGGUCAAUCGUACCCUGCCCUCUCACAUGUGGAGUAGAUGCCAUGACAAAUCAGAGCAGACGUAGGGAUUGUAACAACCCCGCUCCGGAAGCCGGUGGCAAGAACUGCACAGGUCCACUGAUGGAAAGCAGUCAGACACACUGCAAUGUCCCUCCAUGUAGUGGCGACGACGGCGUUGGCGAGUGGAGCCAGUGGAGUGCUGCAGUAUGCACAACCACCUGUGGUGAAGGCCAAAAGGGAAGCGUGGAAAGAAGCAGAAGUUGUGUUACGCCAGCCAAUAAUAUCAGCUGUACAGCCGCACUAACAGAAACCCAAAUUGGAAACUGUGGCCUGCCUAAAUGCCCAGUUGAUGGAGGGCUGUCAAACUGGACAUCGUGGUCAAUCGUACCCUGCCCUCUCACAUGUGGAGUAGAUGCCAUGACAAAUCAGAGCAGACGUAGGGAUUGUAACAACCCCGCUCCGGAAGCCGGUGGCAAGAACUGCACAGGUCCACUGAUGGAAAGCAGUCAGACACACUGCAAUGUCCCUCCAUGUAGUGGCGACGACGGCGUUGGCGAGUGGAGCCAGUGGAGUGCUGCAGUAUGCACAACCACCUGUGGUGAAGGCCAAAAGGGAAGCGUGGAAAGAAGCAGAAGUUGUGUUACGCCAGCCAAUAAUAUCAGCUGUACAGCCGCACUAACAGAAACCCAAAUUGGAAACUGUGGCCUGCCUAAAUGCCCAGUUGAUGGAGGGCUGUCAAACUGGACAUCGUGGUCAAUCGUACCCUGCCCUCUCACAUGUGGAGUAGAUGCCAUGACAAAUCAGAGCAGACGUAGGGAUUGUAACAACCCCGCUCCGGAAGCCGGUGGCAAGAACUGCACAGGUCCACUGAUGGAAAGCAGUCAGACACACUGCAAUGUCCCUCCAUGUAGUGGCGACGACGGCGUUGGCGAGUGGAGCCAGUGGAGUGCUGCAGUAUGCACAACCACCUGUGGUGAAGGCCAAAAGGGAAGCGUGGAAAGAAGCAGAAGUUGUGUUACGCCAGCCAAUAAUAUCAGCUGUACAGCCGCACUAACAGAAACCCAAAUUGGAAACUGUGGCCUGCCUAAAUGCCCAGUUGAUGGAGGGCUGUCAAACUGGACAUCGUGGUCAAUCGUACCCUGCCCUCUCACAUGUGGAGUAGAUGCCAUGACAAAUCAGAGCAGACGUAGGGAUUGUAACAACCCCGCUCCGGAAGCCGGUGGCAAGAACUGCACAGGUCCACUGAUGGAAAGCAGUCAGACACACUGCAAUGUCCCUCCAUGUAGUGGCGACGACGGCGUUGGCGAGUGGAGCCAGUGGAGUGCUGCAGUAUGCACAACCACCUGUGGUGAAGGCCAAAAGGGAAGCGUGGAAAGAAGCAGAAGUUGUGUUACGCCAGCCAAUAAUAUCAGCUGUACAGCCGCACUAACAGAAACCCAAAUUGGAAACUGUGGCCUGCCUAAAUGCCCAGUUGAUGGAGGGCUGUCAAACUGGACAUCGUGGUCAAUCGUACCCUGCCCUCUCACAUGUGGAGUAGAUGCCAUGACAAAUCAGAGCAGACGUAGGGAUUGUAACAACCCCGCUCCGGAAGCCGGUGGCAAGAACUGCACAGGUCCACUGAUGGAAAGCAGUCAGACACACUGCAAUGUCCCUCCAUGUAGUGGCGACGACGGCGUUGGCGAGUGGAGCCAGUGGAGUGCUGCAGUAUGCACAACCACCUGUGGUGAAGGCCAAAAGGGAAGCGUGGAAAGAAGCAGAAGUUGUGUUACGCCAGCCAAUAAUAUCAGCUGUACAGCCGCACUAACAGAAACCCAAAUUGGAAACUGUGGCCUGCCUAAAUGCCCAGUUGAUGGAGGGCUGUCAAACUGGACAUCGUGGUCAAUCGUACCCUGCCCUCUCACAUGUGGAGUAGAUGCCAUGACAAAUCAGAGCAGACGUAGGGAUUGUAACAACCCCGCUCCGGAAGCCGGUGGCAAGAACUGCACAGGUCCACUGAUUGAAAGCAGUCAGACACACUGCAAUGUCCCUCCAUGUAGUGGCGACGACGGCGUUGGCGAGUGGAGCCAGUGGAGUGCUGCAGUAUGCACAACCACCUGUGGUGAAGGCCAAAAGGGAAGCGUGGAAAGAAGCAGAAGUUGUGUUACGCCAGCCAAUAAUAUCAGCUGUACAGCCGCACUAACAGAAACCCAAAUUGGAAACUGUGGCCUGCCUAAAUGCCCAGUUGAUGGAGGGCUGUCAAACUGGACAUCGUGGUCAAUCGUACCCUGCCCUCUCACAUGUGGAGUAGAUGCCAUGACAAAUCAGAGCAGACGUAGGGAUUGUAACAACCCCGCUCCGGAAGCCGGUGGCAAGAACUGCACAGGUCCACUGAUUGAAAGCAGUCAGACACACUGCAAUGUCCCUCCAUGUAGUGGCGACGACGGCGUUGGCGAGUGGAGCCAGUGGAGUGCUGCAGUAUGCACAACCACCUGUGGUGAAGGCCAAAAGGGAAGCGUGGAAAGAAGCAGAAGUUGUGUUACGCCAGCCAAUAAUAUCAGCUGUACAGCCGCACUAACAGAAACCCAAAUUGGAAACUGUGGCCUGCCUAAAUGCCCAGUUGAUGGAGGGCUGUCAAACUGGACAUCGUGGUCAAUCGUACCCUGCCCUCUCACAUGUGGAGUAGAUGCCAUGACAAAUCAGAGCAGACGUAGGGAUUGUAACAACCCCGCUCCGGAAGCCGGUGGCAAGAACUGCACAGGUCCACUGAUUGAAAGCAGUCAGACACACUGCAAUGUCCCUCCAUGUAGUGGCGACGACGGCGUUGGCGAGUGGAGCCAGUGGAGUGCUGCAGUAUGCACAACCACCUGUGGUGAAGGCCAAAAGGGAAGCGUGGAAAGAAGCAGAAGUUGUGUUACGCCAGCCAAUAAUAUCAGCUGUACAGCCGCACUAACAGAAACCCAAAUUGGAAACUGUGGCCUGCCUAAAUGCCCAGUUGAUGGAGGGCUGUCAAACUGGACAUCGUGGUCAAUCGUACCCUGCCCUCUCACAUGUGGAGUAGAUGCAAUGACAAAUCAGAGCAGACGUAGGGAUUGUAACAACCCCGCUCCGGAAGCCGGUGGCAAGAACUGCACAGGUCCACUGAUUGAAAGCAGUCAGACACACUGCAAUGUCCCUCCAUGUAGUGGCGACGACGGCGUUGGCGAGUGGAGCCAGUGGAGUGCUGCAGUAUGCACAACCACCUGUGGUGAAGGCCAAAAGGGAAGCGUGGAAAGAAGCAGAAGUUGUGUUACGCCAGCCAAUAAUAUCAGCUGUACAGCCGCACUAACAGAAACCCAAAUGGGAAACUGUGGCCUGCCUAAAUGCCCAGUUGAUGGAGGGCUGUCAAACUGGACAUCGUGGUCAAUCGUACCCUGCCCUCUCACAUGUGGAGUAGAUGCCAUGACAAAUCAGAGCAGACGUAGGGAUUGUAACAACCCCGCUCCGGAAGCCGGUGGCAAGAACUGCACAGGUCCACUGAUGGAAAGCAGUCAGACACACUGCAAUGUCCCUCCAUGUAGUGGCGACGACGGCGUUGGCGAGUGGAGCCAGUGGAGUGCUGCAGUAUGCACAACCACCUGUGGUGAAGGCCAAAAGGGAAGCGUGGAAAGAAGCAGAAGUUGUGUUACGCCAGCCAAUAAUAUCAGCUGUACAGCCGCACUAACAGAAACCCAAAUUGGAAACUGUGGCCUGCCUAAAUGCCCAGUUGAUGGAGGGCUGUCAAACUGGACAUCGUGGUCAAUCGUACCCUGCCCUCUCACAUGUGGAGUAGAUGCCAUGACAAAUCAGAGCAGACGUAGGGAUUGUAACAACCCCGCUCCGGAAGCCGGUGGCAAGAACUGCACAGGUCCACUGAUGGAAAGCAGUCAGACACACUGCAAUGUCCCUCCAUGUAGUGGCGACGACGGCGUUGGCGAGUGGAGCCAGUGGAGUGCUGCAGUAUGCACAACCACCUGUGGUGAAGGCCAAAAGGGAAGCGUGGAAAGAAGCAGAAGUUGUGUUACGCCAGCCAAUAAUAUCAGCUGUACAGCCGCACUAACAGAAACCCAAAUGGGAAACUGUGGCCUGCCUAAAUGCCCAGUUGAUGGAGGGCUGUCAAACUGGACAUCGUGGUCAAUCGUACCCUGCCCUCUCACAUGUGGAGUAGAUGCCAUGACAAAUCAGAGCAGACGUAGGGAUUGUAACAACCCCGCUCCGGAAGCCGGUGGCAAGAACUGCACAGGUCCACUGAUGGAAAGCAGUCAGACACACUGCAAUGUCCCUCCAUGUAGUGGCGACGACGGCGUUGGCGAGUGGAGCCAGUGGAGUGCUGCAGUAUGCACAACCACCUGUGGUGAAGGCCAAAAGGGAAGCGUGGAAAGAAGCAGAAGUUGUGUUACGCCAGCCAAUAAUAUCAGCUGUACAGCCGCACUAACAGAAACCGAAAUUGGAAACUGUGGCCUGCCUAAAUGCCCAGUUGAUGGAGGGCUGUCAAACUGGACAUCGUGGUCAAUCGUACCCUGCCCUCUCACAUGUGGAGUAGAUGCCAUGACAAAUCAGAGCAGACGUAGGGAUUGUAACAACCCCGCUCCGGAAGCCGGUGGCAAGAACUGCACAGGUCCACUGAUUGAAAGCAGUCAGACACACUGCAAUGUCCCUCCAUGUAGUGGCGACGACGGCGUUGGCGAGUGGAGCCAGUGGGGUGCUGCAGUAUGCACAACAACCUGUGGUGAAGGCCAAAAGGGAAGCGUGGAAAGAAGCAGAAGUUGUGUUACGCCAGCCAAUAAUAUCAGCUGUACAGCCGCACUAACAGAAACCCAAAUGGGAAACUGCGGCCUGCCUAAAUGCCCAGUUGAUGGAGGGCUGUCAAACUGGACAUCGUGGUCAAUCGUACCCUGCCCUCUCACAUGUGGAGUAGAUGCCAUGACAAAUCAGAGCAGACGUAGGGAUUGUAACAACCCCGCUCCGGAAGCCGGUGGCAAGAACUGCACAGGUCCACUGAUGGAAAGCAGUCAGACACACUGCAAUGUCCCUCCAUGUAGUGGCGACGACGGCGUUGGCGAGUGGAGCCAGUGGAGUGCUGCAGUAUGCACAACCACCUGUGGUGAAGGCCAAAAGGGAAGCGUGGAAAGAAGCAGAAGUUGUGUUACGCCAGCCAAUAAUAUCAGCUGUACAGCCGCACUAACAGAAACCCAAAUUGGAAACUGUGGCCUGCCUAAAUGCCCAGUUAAUGGAGGGCUGUCAAACUGGACAUCGUGGUCAAUCGUACCCUGCCCUCUCACAUGUGGAGUAGAUGCCAUGACAAAUCAGAGCAGACGUAGGGAUUGUAACAACCCCGCUCCGGAAGCCGGUGGCAAGAACUGCACAGGUCCACUGAUGGAAAGCAGUCAGACACACUGCAAUGUCCCUCCAUGUAGUGGCGACGACGGCGUUGGCGAGUGGAGCCAGUGGAGUGCUGCAGUAUGCACAACCACCUGUGGUGAAGGCCAAAAGGGAAGCGUGGAAAGAAGUAGAAGUUGUGUUACGCCAGCCAAUAAUAUCAGCUGUACAGCCGCACUAACAGAAACCCAAAUUGGAAACUGCGGCCUGCCUAAAUGCCCAGUUGAUGGAGGGCUGUCAAACUGGACAUCGUGGUCAAUCGUACCCUGCCCUCUCACAUGUGGAGUAGAUGCCAUGACAAAUCAGAGCAGACGUAGGGAUUGUAACAACCCCGUUCCGGAAGCCGGUGGCAAGAACUGCACAGGUCCACUGAUGGAAAGCAGUCAGACACACUGCAAUGUCCCUCCAUGUAGUGGCGACGACGGCGUUGGCGAGUGGAGCCAGUGGAGUGCUGCAGUAUGCACAACCACCUGUGGUGAAGGCCAAAAGGGAAGCGUUGAAAGAAGCAGAAGUUGUGUUACGCCAGCCAAUAAUAUCAGCUGUACAGCCGCACUAACAGAAACCCAAAUGGGAAACUGUGGCCUGCCUAAAUGCCCAGUUGAUGGAGGGCUGUCAAACUGGACAUCGUGGUCAAUCGUACCCUGCCCUCUCACAUGUGGAGUAGAUGCCAUGACAAAUCAGAGCAGACGUAGGGAUUGUAACAACCCCGUUCCGGAAGCUGGUGGCAAGAACUGCACAGGUCCACUGAUGGAAAGCAGUCAGACACACUGCAAUGUCCCUCCAUGUAGUGGCGACGACGGCGUUGGCGAGUGGAGCCAGUGGAGUGCUGCAGUAUGCACAACCACCUGUGGUGAAGGCCAAAAGGGAAGCGUGGAAAGAAGCAGAAGUUGUGUUACGCCAGCCAAUAAUAUCAGCUGUACAGCCGCACUAACAGAAACCCAAAUUGGAAACUGCGGCCUGCCUAAAUGCCCAGUUGAUGGAGGGCUGUCAAACUGGACAUCGUGGUCAAUCGUACCCUGCCCUCUCACAUGUGGAGUAGAUGCCAUGACAAAUCAGAGCAGACGUAGGGAUUGUAACAACCCCGCUCCGGAAGCCGGUGGCAAGAACUGCACAGGUCCACUGAUUGAAAGCAGUCAGACACACUGCAAUGUCCCUCCAUGUAGUGGCGACGACGGCGUUGGCGAGUGGAGCCAGUGGAGUGCUGCAGUAUGCACAGCCACCUGUGGUGAAGGCCAAAAGGGAAGCGUGGAAAGAAGCAGAAGUUGUGUUACGCCAGCCAAUAAUAUCAGCUGUACAGCCGCACUAACAGAAACCCAAAUGGGAAACUGCGGCCUGCCUAAAUGCCCAGUUAAUGGAGGGCUGUCAAACUGGACAUCGUGGUCAAUCGUACCCUGCCCUCUCACAUGUGGAGUAGAUGCCAUGACAAAUCAGAGCAGACGUAGGGAUUGUAACAACCCCGUUCCGGAAGCUGGUGGCAAGAACUGCACAGGUCCACUGAUGGAAAGCAGUCAGACACACUGCAAUGUCCCUCCAUGUAGUGGCGACGACGGCGUUGGCGAGUGGAGCCAGUGGAGUGCUGCAGUAUGCACAACCACCUGUGGUGAAGGCCAAAAGGGAAGCGUGGAAAGAAGCAGAAGUUGUGUUACGCCAGCCAAUAAUAUCAGCUGUACAGCCGCACUAACAGAAACCCAAAUUGGAAACUGCGGCCUGCCUAAAUGCCCAGUUGAUGGAGGGCUGUCAAACUGGACAUCGUGGUCAAUCGUACCCUGCCCUCUCACAUGUGGAGUAGAUGCCAUGACAAAUCAGAGCAGACGUAGGGAUUGUAACAACCCCGUUCCGGAAGCCGGUGGCAAGAACUGCACAGGUCCACUGAUUGAAAGCAGUCAGACACACUGCAAUGUCCCUCCAUGUAGUGGCGACGACGGCGUUGGCGAGUGGAGCCAGUGGAGUGCUGCAGUAUGCACAGCCACCUGUGGUGAAGGCCAAAAGGGAAGCGUGGAAAGAAGCAGAAGUUGUGUUACGCCAGCCAAUAAUAUCAGCUGUACAGCCGCACUAACAGAAACCCAAAUGGGAAACUGCGGCCUGCCUAAAUGCCCAGUUAAUGGAGGGCUGUCAAACUGGACAUCGUGGUCAAUCGUACCCUGCCCUCUCACAUGUGGAGUAGAUGCCAUGACAAAUCAGAGCAGACGUAGGGAUUGUAACAACCCCACUCCAGAAGCCGGUGGCAAGAACUGCACAGGUCCACUGAUGGAAAGCAGUCAGACACACUGCAAUGUCCCUCCAUGUAGUGGCGACGACGGCGUUGGCGAGUGGAGCCAGUGGAGUGCUGCAGUAUGCACAACCACCUGUGGUGAAGGCCAAAAGGGAAGCGUGGAAAGAAGCAGAAGUUGUGUUACGCCAGCCAAUAAUAUCAGCUGUACAGCCGCACUAACAGAAACCCAAAUGGGAAACUGCGGCCUGCCUAAAUGCCCAGUCGAUGGAGGGCUGUCAAACUGGACAUCGUGGUCAAUCGUACCCUGCCCUCUCACAUGUGGAGUAGAUGCCAUGACAAAUCAGAGCAGACGUAGGGAUUGUAACAACCCCGCUCCAGAAGCCGGUGGCAAGAACUGCACAGGUCCACUGAUGGAAAGCAGUCAGACACACUGCAAUGUCCCUCCAUGUAGUGGCGACGACGGCGUUGGCGAGUGGAGCCAGUGGAGUGCUGCAGUAUGCACAACCACCUGUGGUGAAGGCCAAAAGGGAAGCGUGGAAAGAAGCAGAAGUUGUGUUACGCCAGCCAAUAAUAUCAGCUGUACAGCCGCACUAACAGAAACCCAAAUGGGAAACUGCGGCCUGCCUAAAUGCCCAGUUGAUGGAGGGCUGUCAAACUGGACAUCGUGGUCAAUCGUACCCUGCCCUCUCACAUGUGGAGUAGAUGCCAUGACAAAUCAGAGCAGACGUAGGGAUUGUAACAACCCCGCUCCAGAAGCCGGUGGCAAGAACUGCACAGGUCCACUGAUGGAAAGCAGUCAGACACACUGCAAUGUCCCUCCAUGUAGUGGCGACGACGGCGUUGGCGAGUGGAGCCAGUGGAGUGCUGCAGUAUGCACAACCACCUGUGGUGAAGGCCAAAAGGGAAGCGUGGAAAGAAGCAGAAGUUGUGUUACGCCAGCCAAUAAUAUCAGCUGUACAGCCGCACUAACAGAAACCCAAAUGGGAAACUGCGGCCUGCCUAAAUGCCCAGUUGAUGGAGGGCUGUCAAACUGGACAUCGUGGUCAAUCGUACCCUGCCCUCUCACAUGUGGAGUAGAUGCCAUGACAAAUCAGAGCAGACGUAGGGAUUGUAACAACCCCGCUCCAGAAGCUGGUGGCAAGAACUGCACAGGUCCACUGAUGGAAAGCAGUCAGACACACUGCAAUGUCCCUCCAUGUAGUGGCGACGACGGCGUUGGCGAGUGGAGCCAGUGGAGUGCUGCAGUAUGCACAGCCACCUGUGGUGAAGGCCAAAAGGGAAGCGUGGAAAGAAGCAGAAGUUGUGUUACGCCAGCCAAUAAUAUCAGCUGUACAGCCGCACUAACAGAAACCCAAAUGGGAAACUGCGGCCUGCCUAAAUGCCCAGUUAAUGGAGGGCUGUCAAACUGGACAUCGUGGUCAAUCGUACCCUGCCCUCUCACAUGUGGAGUAGAUGCCAUGACAAAUCAGAGCAGACGUAGGGAUUGUAACAACCCCACUCCAGAAGCCGGUGGCAAGAACUGCACAGGUCCACUGAUGGAAAGCAGUCAGACACACUGCAAUGUCCCUCCAUGUAGUGGCGACGACGGCGUUGGCGAGUGGAGCCAGUGGAGUGCUGCAGUAUGCACAACCACCUGUGGUGAAGGCCAAAAGGGAAGCGUGGAAAGAAGCAGAAGUUGUGUUACGCCAGCCAAUAAUAUCAGCUGUACAGCCGCACUAACAGAAACCCAAAUGGGAAACUGCGGCCUGCCUAAAUGCCCAGUCGAUGGAGGGCUGUCAAACUGGACAUCGUGGUCAAUCGUACCCUGCCCUCUCACAUGUGGAGUAGAUGCCAUGACAAAUCAGAGCAGACGUAGGGAUUGUAACAACCCCACUCCAGAAGCCGGUGGCAAGAACUGCACAGGUCCACUGAUGGAAAGCAGUCAGACACACUGCAAUGUCCCUCCAUGUAGUGGCGACGACGGCGUUGGCGAGUGGAGCCAGUGGAGUGCUGCAGUAUGCACAACCACCUGUGGUGAAGGCCAAAAGGGAAGCGUGGAAAGAAGCAGAAGUUGUGUUACGCCAGCCAAUAAUAUCAGCUGUACAGCCGCACUAACAGAAACCCAAAUGGGAAACUGCGGCCUGCCUAAAUGCCCAGUUGAUGGAGGGCUGUCAAACUGGACAUCGUGGUCAAUCGUACCCUGCCCUCUCACAUGUGGAGUAGAUGCCAUGACAAAUCAGAGCAGACGUAGGGAUUGUAACAACCCCGCUCCAGAAGCCGGUGGCAAGAACUGCACAGGUCCACUGAUGGAAAGCAGUCAGACACACUGCAAUGUCCCUCCAUGUAGUGGCGACGACGGCGUUGGCGAGUGGAGCCAGUGGAGUGCUGCAGUAUGCACAACCACCUGUGGUGAAGGCCAAAAGGGAAGCGUGGAAAGAAGCAGAAGUUGUGUUACGCCAGCCAAUAAUAUCAGCUGUACAGCCGCACUAACAGAAACCCAAAUGGGAAACUGCGGCCUGCCUAAAUGCCCAGUCGAUGGAGGGCUGUCAAACUGGACAUCGUGGUCAAUCGUACCCUGCCCUCUCACAUGUGGAGUAGAUGCCAUGACAAAUCAGAGCAGACGUAGGGAUUGUAACAACCCCGCUCCAGAAGCCGAUGGCAAGAACUGCACAGGUCCACUGAUGGAAAGCAGUCAGACACACUGCAAUGUCCCUCCAUGUAUUGGCGACGACGAUGUUGGCGAGUGGAGCCAGUGGAGUGCUGCAGUAUGCACAGCCACCUGUGGUGAAGGCCAGGAGGGUAGUAUGGAAAAAAGCAGAAGUUGCGUUAUGCCAGCCAAUAAUAUCAGCUGUACAGCCGCACUAACAGAAACCCAAAUGGGAAAUUGCGGCCUGCCUAAAUGCCCAGUUGAUGGAGGGCUGUCAAACUGGACAUCGUGGUCAAUCGUACCCUGCCCUGUCACAUGUGGAGUAGAUGCCAUGACAAAUCAGAGCAGACGUAGGGAUUGUAACAACCCUGUUCCAAAGGAAGGGGGCCAGAACUGUGUAGGCGCAUUGACGGAAGGCAGUCGGACAUUCUGCAAUGUCCCUCCAUGUAUUGGCGACGACGAUGUUAGCCAAUGGACCAAGUGGAGUGCUGCAGAAUGUACAGCCACCUGUGGUUUAGGCCUAAAAGGAAAUAUGGAAAGGACUAGAACUUGUAUUGCACCUUCCAAUAAUAUCAGCUGUGUUGCCACUCUCAUAGAAAGGCAAAUGGGUAACUGCCAUCUUCCUAAAUGCCCAGUUGAUGGAGGGAUGUCAAACUGGACAUCGUGGGCAAUUGUACCAUGCUCAUUCACAUGUGGAGUAGAUGCCAUGACAAAUCAGAGCAGACGUAGGGAUUGCAACAACCCUGUUCCAAAGGAAGGAGGCCAGAACUGUGUAGGCGCAUUGACGGAAAGCAGUCAGACAUUCUGCAAUGUCCCUCCAUGUCUUGGCGAUGACAACGUCACACAAUGGUCAGAUUGGAGUGACACGUCCUGUCAAGCUACGUGUGGUCAAGAAAGAGAAGAUAUUGUGGAGAGAAAAAGAACUUGCAUCGAUCCUGCAAAUGGUAUCAAUUGUACAGCACUACUCCAUGAUACCACAAAGAGGUUUUGUGGUCUUCCGAAGUGCCCAGUGCAAGCAUCGUUUUCCAACUGGACGGAGUGGUCAAUCGUCCCCUGCCCAAGUACCUGUGGAGCUUCUGCCACGACAACCCGGAGUAGGCAGAGAACAUGCAUCAAUGGUCCUUCCUCAGCACUCAGCGAUAGUGGGUGUUCAGGGCCUUUAAACGAAACAGAGACGCUAUUUUGCAAUAUCUCAGCGUGUUCUGAUGAUGACGAUGUCGGUGCUUGGUCACUGUGGACGGAUCCGGAAUGUACUGUGUCCUGCGGUCCGGGAACAAAAGCCUUCGUGUCAAGAAUCAGGAAAUGUACAAGGCCAGCAAAUGGUUUUAAUUGUACCCAAACUCUUCAAGAUACAGAGUUUAGAGACUGUGGUCUUCCUGAAUGCCGAGUCAACGGAGGGUUGUCACUCUGGUCAUCGUGGACACCGGAUCCAUGUUCAGUGACCUGUGGGGUAUCUGCUUUGACCAGUCAGAGAAGGACGAGGCAAUGCAACAACCCUGCGCCAAACCAUGGUGGAAAUCCGUGCACAGAUCCCCUUCUGGAAACUAGUUUCACAUUUUGUGAUGUCCAAGCAUGCGAUGGCGAUGACAACGUAACACAAUGGUCAGAUUGGAGUGACCAGCCCUGUCAAGCCACGUGUGGUCAAGGAAGAGAGAAUCUUUUGGAGAGAAAAAGAACUUGCAUCGAUCCUGCCAAUGGUUUCAAUUGCACAGCACAGUUGCAACAUACAUCAAUAAGGGGCUGCGGUCUUCCCGAAUGUCCAAUUCAUGGAGGAUUGUCAACGUGGACAUCGUGGUUUAUGGUUCCCUGUUCAAGAACAUGUGGAGUAUCGGCCACGACAACUCAGAGUAGAAGGAGGUCGUGCACCAAUCCUACUCCAAGAUACGGUGGGAGCAAUUGUACAGGAAAUCUGGAAAUAACCAGGACGAUAUUCUGUGAUGUCGAGGCAUGUGCUGGCGACGAUAACGUAACCCAGUGGUCGACUUGGAGUGGCCCGAACUGUAAAGAUACCUGUGGUCCAGUGAAAGUAAGACGAAUGGAGAGGAUUCGAAAUUGCAAUGAACCGUCCAACUGCACAGCACCUCUUGUAGAUACAUCAGAGGAGGAAUGUGGCCUUCCUAAAUGUCCAGUUCAUGGAGGUUGGUCAAACUGGACGGCCUGGUCGGUUGUUCCCUGUUCAAGAACAUGCGGAAAUUCUGCCCAAACAAGUCAAAGUAGACGCAGGACAUGCACAAACCCUUCUCCAAUGUAUGGCGGAGACAAUUGUACAGGAACAUUAUCUGAAACCGAGGAAACUUUCUGUGAGAUCCCACCGUGCAUCGGCGAUGACAACGUAACUGAGUGGUCAUCGUGGAGCAAUAUUUCCUGCCCCACCACUUGCGGGCGAGGAACAAGAGGAGUCGUUAGUAGGAUCAGAGAUUGCGUCGAACCUGCCAGUGGUACAACAUGCUCAGCACCACUUGAAGACAAACGUUCUCGGGACUGCAGUUUUACUGAAUGUCCAGUGGACGGAAGACCUGGUCUGUGGUCGGAGUGGAUAGACCCUCCCUGUCCUGCCACAUGCGGAGCAGUAAUAACGAAAUAUCUGGUGCGGAAACGAAACUGCUCAGACCCAGAACCUGCCUAUGGUGGGCGGAACUGUACAGAUCCACUCGUGGAGACAAAGAUCGGAACAUGUGGUGGAGUUGAUUGCGAAGAGCCACCUAUCCCACCAACUCUGAGCUAUCUCGCUAUCGGCAUUAGCAGCACAGUUGGGGCAGGGUUAAUCGCCGCUAUUGCCGCCAUAGUCUCUGCCAUCUACUGUCGCAAGAAAGGAGCGUCAGUGAAAGACCUUCCAACUUCUGAACCGCCUGACAAUGAGUCAAGCAUUUGGUCGGACACUGAUCUCAACACUACAUACAGCAGUUUAGUGAGUGUGGACCUUAAACCGUUGGAUACAAGGGGUUAUGGAGAAUACCCCGAUGUGUUACAAAACAAGGAAGGACCGUUCUCAGUCCACGACAUGUCUGCAAUACAGUACUAGGCCGUCUUCAGAACAUAUACUGACUCUAACAUAGGAGACACUGGAGAACACAGUCCAGCUGGCUGGUCUUCAUGGUGCCUUAUAAUAUGAUGCUAAUAAAAUGGUAUUUUGGUACGAUAACGUUACCAGGUCUGUUGUUGUGGAACAUGCUGUGUCAUGCAUUCAUUGUAUCAAUCAGUCAUAGCUCAGGAUAUUCUUUUACCUUGUGCAAUGUCACCCGGAGAUAUACUUUGUGUCGUCAGUUGUAUGUAUGUUUACUUUAACUAGAUAAUGUUGAUAUUGUAUGAUAUAGAUGUGUUCAUAUUAGUUUUGUAUGAUUACAAAAUGAUAUUGAGAAGCUAUGAUAUUGAAUGACCUUUAAUUUCAUAAAUGUUUCUUGGUGUACGGUAAAACUAUUUAUAUUUUUGUUUAACCAAUAAAUCAGGUAUCAGACUCGUUUGGUAUACAUAAGAUACUAGUUUCUAUCGCAAAUUAUUCCAGAACGUUGCUAUUGUACUUGAAGUGCGUGGUGUAGGAAUAACUUAGUUUGAAUUUUAGAUGUAUCCAAUGUGACUCAUUAAAGCUUUGGCUUUAAUAUUGACCUGAAACGUUUCUCAUUUCCACGUUAUAGCUACAUGUCUAAUAACAGAUUAAACAUAUUAUUGGACAAUGUCCAUUCAAGUAGUAUAGCAAAUCAACAUGUUGUUGCAAAAUGCGUUUAAUCAAUUUAUUUCUGAACAUAUUAUAUGUAGGUUUGUGUUAUAAAUGACAUAUCUCGCAUCUAUAUGUCAUCACUGAGAUAUCUGCCCUUAUUUUCAUGAAAGCUUGACACAACUAUACCAAACAUAGAAUUAUACAUAAUAUCAUAACCGUUGAUAAUGACUUAAGACUCAUGUAAACGGCCGGGGAAAAAGUAUACACCCUUGUUUGAUUGUGUCUGAAAAUGAAGCAAACACGAAAACGGUUAUUCAAUGGUGAUGUAUUUGAUACGGGUAUCAUAGUUGUGUUUUGGACGUUGGGUUUGCAAUGUUUCAGAGACUGUUUUUAGCCCAGUAACGUUUUGAUAACGCAUAUAAUGUGUUGGUCCAAUACCAAUCUGGAGAUUGCGUAACUACACUUUCUUUUGAAGGAUGUUUUGUUAUAUAUUUACGUCGUAUAGACAUAUUAUGCUAAAUAAUACAUGCAUUAAUAUUACCUUUAAUACUACGAUUUAUUGCAGCCGACUUAUGUUUGAUAAAUGUAUUUUGUACGAUGAAUAAAAUGUUGCGCCCA